GGUCUAUGUUGCAACAGGGCACCAACAGCGGACGCACCCUACUUGUUCUCCUUUUCAAAACAAAACCAGCGUUUUACACUUAGCUUCGUUUUAUGUUUCCUAAACGUCUGAGAGUAACUAUUGACAUACAUUAUAAAGCGUUACGGUUAUAUAUUGCUAGCCGAAGAAGGGCAGCGCUUUCUCGCGCGGGAUUAGCCACCAUUCUCUCGGAAUAGCUUUAAAGUAUGUUUAGCUAGACGGCUAACGGCGAGCUAGUCGUAGAGCGUUUGAAUGCGCUCGUUAGCCGCAUUAGCAACAUUACCUAAUGUUAUUAAAGCGGUGCGUUGACGGGUCGCACAACGCAACACUGUAUGUGACGUCAACAUUAUAGCUCUGGCGUUAACUAGCGUUAGUGUGGAAUUGGUUAACGUUAGCCGACCCGUUAACGUCAUUUUAACGGAUCCUCAUCCGUUAGCGUGUAGCUAUCUCGCACCGUGAGACCCAGAUCUAUUUUGGAGAGCUAACAGUUAAUUAAGCAACGCAGGAAUAGGAAGGUGACGUAAGAAUGUGAACACAAUGGGCACAAAGUUCGUCGCCAGCCAGUGUGAAAGGUGCUGCUUUUCCAGUGAAGUCAUGCGUUCCUUGGACGUGUCCAUUGCGCAAGAGAAUCCGCUCCGCUCCGCAGCGGUGAAACGGUGAAUCGCAAAUACCACAGGGGAUAUUCGUUCACCUGCACGAUGCCCGGAAUCGUGGUGUUUGGUCGGCGGUGGGGGAUCGCCAGCGACGACCUGGUUUUCCCCGGCUGCUUUGAACUGUUCGUCCGUGUACUCUGGUGGAUUGGCACCAUGAUCCUGUUCACCUAUCACAAGGGCCAGUUCGAUUGCAAUGGGAGAGGGUUCCUCCACAGCUAUCUGGUCGGACUGUUGGUUGUGCUGGCGCUCAUCAUCCUGUCGCUGUGUGCGAUUGUCUAUGUCAGUGCCCAAGGUACCAUCACAAACCCCGGCCCGCGGCGCUCCGUCCCUGCGCUGGUGUACUUGCGAGCUCUCCUGUACGUCCCCGAGCUGGUGUGGGCCUGCCUGGGAGCCGUCUGGGUGACCGAUGACAGCGAAGGCUGCGAUCCUGCCAUGGUGGGUGCCGUCAUCACCGCGGUGGUUGCCAGCUGGAUCAUCCUGCUGUUCACUGGGUUGGGCGUGGUGUUUGUGUUCGACCCGCUGGGCGGCCCCCGCGUGCCGCCCGCCGCCAUGGAGCCACUGGGAGUGCGAGACCUGCAGAGCAACGAGGGCACCCAGUUCCUGUCCACGGCGCGCUCGCUCGCCGUCAAGGUGUGGGAAAGCCGUCUGCGGCUCCUGUGCUGCUGUCUGCCACAGGACGAAAGCCACCGAGCAGCGUUCUCCAGCAUCGCACAGCUCGUCAGUGGGUUCUUCUCCGACACAGACCUGGUCCCCAGCGACAUCGCAGCAGGCUUGGCCCUGCUGCACCAGGAGCAGGAUAAGAUGGAGCAAAGUAGGGACCCGGACGUCGUGGUGGAUCACAGCCCUUCGUCCCCCAUCGGAGAAGAUUUGGAGACAGAGUUGGAGAAGGCGGCACACUGCAUGCGGUUCGCCGCGGCAGCCUACGGCUGGCCAUUGUACAUUUACUCCAACCUCUUCAGUGGGCCGUGCAAACUCAGUGGAGACUGCUGCAGAAGUCGCGAAGCCGAGUACGAGAUCGUCGGAGGCGACCACCUCGGCUGUCAAUUUUCAUCCAUCCUGCACAGCACCGGCUUGCAGUACAGAGACUUCAUCUACGUCAGCUUCCACAACCAGAUCUACGAGAUCCCGUUCUACGUGGCUCUGGAUCAUAAGAGGGAGGCCGUUCUGGUGGCUGUCAGAGGAACACUGUCACUGAGGGAUGUCCUCACAGACCUGUCUGCUGAAUGUGAGAACCUGCCCAUAGAGGGAGUGUCUGGAGCUUGCUACGCUCACAAGGGCAUGUGCCAGGCGGCGAGUUACAUCUACAAGAAGCUGGUAAAUGAUGGCAUCCUGAACCAGGCUUUCACCAUUGCACCGGAGUAUAAACUGGUCGUCACUGGUCACAGUCUGGGUGCCGGCACAGCGUCAUUGCUGGCUAUCCUCUUGCGCAACUCCUUCCCCACCUUGCAGUGCUACUCAUUCUCUCCACCAGGGGGGCUCCUGAGUAAAGCGUUGGCUGAUUACUCCAAGGACUUUGUGGUCUCGGUUGUGCUGGGAAAGGAUCUGGUUCCCAGAUUGAGCAUUCCCAAUAUGGAGGACCUGAAGAGAAAGAUUCUCAAAAUAGUUUCAAACUGCAAUAAGCCCAAGUACCGCAUUCUGCUGCAAGGGUGCUGGUACGAGCUCUUCGGCGGAGACCCGGAGGACUUUCCCACUGAGAUGGACAACAGAAGGGAGGAGGAGCUGAGCCAGCCACUGCUGGGGGAGGAGUCGCUGAUGAUUCGCCACUCCUCGUCCUAUCAGAGCCUGGCCUCGGACAACUCGCCGGCCCGUACGGCGGCCCACCUGCCGCUCUUCCUGCCUGGACGCAUUCUGCACAUCACAGAGGACGGGCCGUCGCGGAGAUCCUGUUUUUCCCAGAUGCGCUACCGGGCCGAAUGGUCGAACGAAAUGGCGUUCAGAAGUGUUUUGAUCAGUCCCAGGAUGCUGGCGGACCACAUGCCCGACGCUGUGCUGCAAGCGCUCAAGAGUCUGACCAGCGACAGGCCCUUCUCCCUUUGCCCGUCGUCUCUGAACGGCAACCAGCACAACGCGGUCUGAGAUGAUGCUCGACAGUUCGUUCCCGUUUCAGUUUCUCCACACCUGGUCCAGGACCUCUUCGAACAUUUCACGCUCUUCAUUUGCAUCCUGCGUGCAGACCUGAGACUGAAGCCCCGUUUUCUCGUAAAGACACUUGGAAACUAGAUUGUGAUGUCAUACACGGCCGAACAUGAUCAUGUCACAUUUCUGGGGCUCAAGGACUUUUAUUAAAUUGCACUUUUUAUGAAUUAUUUAAACCAUUUGUUUUGAGUUACUCUACGAGCAACUUCAUGCCAUGAUCUUUGAAUGUGCGUUGUGCAGAAUAUAUACAUUUUAUGUAGAGGCUCGAUACUUAAACGUGUCUGAUGAUGUCCUCCUUAACUGUGGGGAGGACUGAGGGGCGGUCGGAUCCAGGAUCCCGGGGGUAUAAGAUGAGGACUGAAGCAUUGCAUCUUCAUCGUAUGGUAACCGUGGUUAGUCUGUCUUGUGUUUUAUUGUCUUGAAACUUCAGGGUGAACAGUGCCUAUGCAUUACAGAGAAAAAAAUAAGCAGACAGAAUUGCUUUACAGACCAAUGUAAAGGGAUGAGUGCAGUGUGUUUACGGUUAUUGUUCUGCACUCCAUACGAUGCAGUUUGAAUAGUGCAUGGUGUUCUGCAAAAAAAAAAAGAGACGUUAAGGGUAAGAAUGAUUAUAAAUUGUGUGGGAUUCUGUUUACUUGCCAUGGAUAUCGCUUUUUUUCAGAUAAUUUAUGACAUUUAAGUUUGAAUUGAAUGAUACCUGCAUAACUAUUCCACAUUCUCAAAAAUAUGCAUUGGACGCAUUGAUGCAAAUAAAAGCUCACUCUCUA